GGAGAUCUACUAUGACAACAAGCAUGUCACGCGUAGCUCGGAGAAGAUUGAUACAGCCCUCUCGUACAUUGUCGGCGACGCCGCUCCGUUUGCACAGCGCAUACGUCAGGAGCGUCAAGAUUACAUCGAAUGGCAAGGAGAAGAAGGAGCAGCUGAGCCUCCUGACUUCGAGGAAAUGCCUGCGGCUUGUCGCAAUUGGGAUGAGUUCAGGGACGAGUUCUGGCGUAACUACAUAGACGUCGAUCCAGUCACUACCGCUCAGGAGAAGCUCGCUACGAUGCUGAUGGACCCGAAGGAGCAUGCGGAUGAAUUCAUCACGCGCUGGAAGAACGUUGCUGCCCGCUCAGGAUAUGAAGGCACAGCGCUUAUUCGCAUGUUCCAGGACUCGCUUGUCCUUGUCCCUCGCCUUCUUACCAAGGCUUUGGAUCUGCGAGUACGUCCAGAAGGUGUUACAGAUCAAGGAGGUUACCGCCCGGACUCCAUCGAGGAAUGGUAUAGGACUAUUGGCGAUUUCGACCGCUCUUAUCGCCAGGCGCAGUCACGUCUCGAGUUCAUUAAGGGACAUACGCGCAUGCAAGCCAAGCCAUCUCCACGUCCACAGGCUGGUCAACCGCAACAGCAACAGCCUCAGCAACAGCAUCGUCCGCAUCCGCGUCCGCCUCAGGUGCAGCAACAGUACUACGCUCCCCCGCCUGGGCCACCUCCUAUGAACAACUUCGCGCCUCGCUUCACUCCCCGUCCAUAUGUGUCCCACCAAAGGCCCCUGUACACACCUCUCAACAGUCGUGGAGACUAUCGCACUCCCACAGGCCGUGUAUAA